AUAAGCGGCCUCCUGACUCCCUCAUUCCACCUUGUGCACGAUGGCUUGCCGCCUCCUGGCCGUGACCGCCAUCGUCGCCGUCGCCCAGCUCGUGCCCCGCUCCACUGGCUACCCAUGGCCAGCGUGCGGCACGAACACGACCUUCAAGCCCAACAGCAAGUACCAGGCUAAUCUCAACCGCGUCGCCGCCACGCUGCCGAAGAACGCCUCCACGUCCCCGAACCUCUUCGCCACCGUCGUCGCCGGCUCCGUCCCAGACCAGCUCCGGGCCAUGGGGCUCUGCCGCGGCGACGCCAACGCAACGUACUGCUUCGGCUGCCUCACCCAGGCCUUCCAGGACCUGCAGAACGACUGCUCUUAUGACAAGGACGCCACCAUCUACUACGAUGCCUGCAUCCUCCACUACUCCGACAUCCGCGUCCUCUCCGGCAACGACACGGACCCGUCAACGGACCCAUACUCCCUCCCGUACCCAGAAAAUGUCACGUCGGACCCGGCGCGGUUCAACCGCCUCGUGUCCGCCCUCAUGAACGCCACCGCCGAUUAUGCGGCGUACAACUCCACGCGGCGGUUCGCGACCGGGGAAGCCGACUUCGACCAGGAGUUCCCCAAGGUGUACAGCCUAGCGCAGUGCACGCCGGACCAGACGCCAGCGCACUGCCGGAGGUGCCUUGCCGGGAUCAUAGCGACGACCCUGGGGGACUUCCAGAACUAUAUCAGAGGCAGGGUGCUCUGGAUCAAUUGCAACUACCGGUACGAGAUCACACCCUUCUUCAAUGGACCUGCGAUGGUGCGGCUCACAUCACCAAGCGCUGCAGCACCGGUGCCGGCGCCGGCGCCGGCGCCGGCUGUACAGCCAACGGUUCAGACGCCAUCGCCAGCCGGAGGAGGAGGGGAAAAGUACAGUGUGCCCGGCGUGGUUCUUGUAGCUGUGUUGCCUACUCUAGCAGCCUUGAACCUUGUCGCUUGCCUGUGUUUCUGGAGACAGCGGCGGCGGCCAGAAGCACAAGCGAAGCAACCAUAUCGUAUGUAUUCCACUGAAGCAGAGGACAUCGAAAUGGUGGACUCUAUGAUGAUCGACGUCUCCACCCUGCGAGCCGCCACUGGGGAUUUCGCCGAGAGCAACAAGCUCGGCGAAGGCGCGUUCGGCGCGGUGUACAAGGGUGUCCUCCCGGACGGCGACGAGAUAGCGGUGAAGCGGCUGUCGCAGAGUUCGACGCAGGGAGUGGACGAGCUGAAGAACGAGCUCACGCUGGUCGCGAAGCUGAAGCACAAGAAUCUCGUCAGGCUCGUCGGCUUCUGCCUGGAGCAGCGGGAGCGGCUGCUCGUCUACGAGUUCGUCCCCAACCGAAGCCUCGACCUGAUCCUUUUCGACCCUGAGAAACGUGAGGAGCUGGACUGGGGGCAGAGGUACAAGAUCAUAAACGGCAUCGCUCGGGGCCUGCAGUACCUCCACGAAGACUCACAGCUCAAAGUAGUCCACCGUGAUCUCAAGGCCAGCAACAUCUUGCUAGACACUAGCAUGAACCCCAAGAUCUCGGACUUCGGCCUCGCGAGGAUCUUCGGGCGCGACCAGACGCAGGCCGUCACGAACCGCGUCGUCGGCACCUAUGGAUACAUGGCGCCGGAGUACGUGAUGCGUGGGAACUACUCUGUCAAAUCGGACGCGUUCAGCUUCGGCGUAAUGGUGCUGGAGAUCGUCACGGGGAGGAAGAACAACGACUGCUACAACUCUAGGAGGUCUGAAGAUCUCUUGACCACGGUAUGGGAACACUGGGAGGCCGGGACCCUGGCCGAGGUGGUAGACCGGUGCAUGGUGGGCAGCUUCCCGGAGGACGACGUGCUGAGAUGCGUCCACAUAGGGCUUCUGUGUGUCCAGGGAGACCCGGCGGUCCGUCCGAUGAUGUCAUCGGUUGUGAUGAUGCUCGGCAGCGACACGAUCACCCUUCAGGCCCCGUCCAAACCGGCGUUCUUCGCCAGGAACGGCGCCGACAACAUGGCCUUGUCAACGUCGUCGGUGCAGGGUUAGCUAUGGCUUAUGUGUUGCCAGAGAAAUUUUCGGUGGAUAAUACAGACAGAACGGGAUAUACGAAGGUGUGUUGUCCACGUGUCUGUAUGGAUCAGUCACAUAAGGCUAUGUGCUAGGAGCAUUUCUUGUGUGUUUCCA